AUGAUCUGUGAGAAGGUGAAGCAGCUCAUCUCCGGGUUUAGGGAUAACCCCUGCGCCAUCCCCGUCCUGGUGUGCAGCUCCACCGCAGCCCUCAUGGCUCUCACCUGGGCCGUGAGAAAGCUGAAGAAGAGGAAGUUUGUCCGAGCUAAGGACCAUGCAGAGGCCCUGGAGCAGAUGGAGAAAGCUGUCCAGCAGUUCAAGAAAGAGAACCCGGACAUCCAGACUAGCCAUAUCCUGUCGCUGCCAUUGGCGGAGUUGGUGGAGAAACUGAAGGAAGGUUCCCUGUCUCCGGAGAGUGUCCUCUACUCCUACAUAGAGAAGGCCUUAGAAGUCAACCAGGAGGUGAACUGCGUGACAGCGUUUAUUCCUAGCUGCCUGCAUCACAUCCAGGAAAUGAGAAACCAGAAGAAAGGAUUACUCUAUGGUGUUCCCAUCAGCAUUAAGGAUUAUGUGGCUUGCAAGGGCUAUGGCUGCAUCUGUGGUUCAGGACAGAAGUCCAGCCUCCUAGAGCAAGAGCAGAGCGUGCUGGUGAGAGUGCUGAGGAGCCAAGGAGCCAUCCCCUUCGUGAAAACCAACACAGCACAAUGCAUGAUCAACUACGACUGCAGCAAUGCCAUCUAUGGCCAGACGCUGAACCCUCUCAAUCACAAGAAGAGCCCUGGAGGCUGCUCUGGAGGGGAAGGAGCUCUGAUUGCAGGGGGAGGCUCCAUCCUGGGCUUUGGGUUGGAUAUUGGUGGCAGCAUCCGCCUGCUGUCCAGCUUCUGUGGGCUGUGCGGGCUCAAACCCACAAGCGACAGGCUCAGUUACUGGGGAGUUAGUGGUCCAUUGGAUCAUGUCCAAACAGCUACAGGUGUGGUGGGGCCAAUAGCAAGAGACGUGGACAGUCUGGCCUUGUGCAUGAGAGCACUUUUGUGUGAAGAUAUGUUCUGCUUGGACCCUACCGUGCCGCCUAUCCCCUUCAACAUGGAGGUGUUUAGCAGCCAUGCUCGUCUUCGAAUUGGCUUCUAUUCCCUGGAUGGCUACUUCUUUCUCCCACCCUGCAUGACUCGGGCUGUCCACGAGACCCGGCUGCUGCUGGAGGAGGCUGGACACACAAUGAUCCCCUUUGUCCCUCCCAGUGUUGACUAUGCAAUGAACAGCCUGUUUGUGAAGGGGCUCUUUGCUGACAGUGGCUCUGCUUCUGCAAACAUGUGGUCGUCGAAAGAACUCGCGGACCUUCAUGCUGCCAUGAUGGUUUAUCGCUGGGAAUUCAUCACCCGAUGGAAGAACCUUGACCUGGACGUUAUACUGUGCCCUGUGCUGGGACCGGCCUUCACGUUGGGCUACAUGGAGACAAACCUUGACGCUCUGUCCUCCACCAUGUUGUACAACAUCCUCAACUUCCCUGCGGGAGUUGUGCCCGUCACCACGGUCACAGAGGCAGAUGAAGAACAGCUGCAUCUUUACAGCGGGUACCUGGAUGAGCCCUGGCACAAGAAGCUGAGGAAGACUGUGGAAGGAGCUGUGGGGCUCCCUGUGGCUGUCCAGUGUGUGGCUUUGCCAUGGCAAGAAGAGCUGUGCCUUCGGUUCAUGAAAGAGGUUGAAAGAUUGACCUGUGAGAAGAAACAGAGAACUGAUGCAUCCGGGGCUAACAAAGCCCAGAGACAUGGACUAAGUCAGGCCCCACUGGGAGCAGCCUCUGUGGCUCAGCAAUCCGAAAAGUCAAGUAGCACAUUUCCAGAUGUGUCCAGCACGGUCAGCAAGACAGAAGAGUGCCCAACAUUACAAAGAACAGCCUUGCAAAUCACCCUCGCAGAGGACCUGUGGGACGACAUGCAAACAGCUGCUCUCCAGCCAGAGGUGCAGAGUGAGGUGCAAGUGUUGUCAUCCAAGCCUGAUGCGGCAUCACUGGUGUCCUGGUCAGACAAGGAGAGUGAAGGAUCAGUCCUGAUUCACCCCCCUGACAUGCAAAAGGAUUUACAGCCUCGUGAGCCUGAGCCUGAUGUGCAAACAGAGGUACCCCAGAGGGAUGAAGAGAGGGACCCACAGCGUGGUGAGCUGGAACAUGAUGUGCAAAUGCAGGUACCCCAGAGGGAUGAAGAGAGGGACGCACAGUCUGGUGAGCUAGAGCUUGAUGUACAAACACAGGUGCCCCAGAGGGAUGAAGAGAGGGACCCACAGCCCAGUGCACCAGAGCUUGAUUUGCAGACACAGGUGCCCCAGAGGGAUGAAGAGAGGGACCCACAGCCCAGUGCACCAGAGCUUGAUUUGCAGACACAAGCACCCCAGAGGGAUGAAGACAAGGACCCACAUCCUGGUGAGCUAGAGCUUGGUUUGCAAGCACAGACACCCCAGAGGGAUGAAGAGAGGGACCCAGAGCUUGAUUUGCAAACACAGGUACCCCAGAAGGAUGAAGAGAGGGAGCCACAGCCCCAUGUGCUGGAGCACGAUGUGCAGACACAAGCCACUGGAGGUGACAUGUCAAGCGAGGACCAAAGCCAACCAAUCACCCAGGUUAAGCUCACUGCUCUGUGA